UAAAACCGAGGCGAUAAGAUAUCAUGAAUUUAUCAGGUUUUUUAAAUAAAUAUAUAUCAUAUUUGAUUUAUAGUUAGAAGUGUGAUGCCAAUGGGUUUAGUGUGUUUAACUGUUGUGAUUUAAAAAUAUUUCAAAACUACUGUUAUUCAGAAGUACAAAAUGCCGAUUGACUUGUACUACUUGCCUUACUCGCCGCCAUGCCGGCCAGUCCUCGUCCUGGCCGAUGCGCUUAAACUCAAGCUGAACCUCAAGGAGCUCAACACGAGAGCCGGCGAGCAUCUCACACCAGAGUUCAAGAAGAUCAACCCGCAACACUGCCUUCCGACCCUCGUGGAUGAUGACUUGACUCUAUGGGAGUCGCGCGCCAUCCUCACUUACCUGGCCACUAAAUACGGCGAUGGCUCGCUCUACCCUGCAGACCACAAACUGAGAGCGGCCGUGGACCAGCGCCUCUACUUCGACAUGGGCACCCUCUAUCAGAGGUUUACUGAUUACUUGUAUCCACAACUUUUUGGCAAUCAACCAGCUGAUGAAGAAAAGUUGAAAAAAUUGGAGGAAGCUCUGGAGUUCCUCAAUAUUUUCCUGGAGGGCAAGCCGUGGGUAGCGGGUUCAACUCUAACCGUGGCCGACUAUAGUAUCAUCUGUACUGUCAACUCUAUCAUAGCUCUGGAUGUAGAUGUCUACAAAUACCCGAAUAUUAAAGAGUGGUACGAGAGGGCAAAGAGCAGCAUGCCCGGAUUUAACGUCAGCGAGCAAGUCAUCGAAUUGUUAAAGAAACUAUUUCAGGAUUUCAAAGCUAAAAAUACGUCUGUUUGAAAUGUCCUUGUUCUUAUUUCAAUUCAAUUAAUUUAUUUGUCAAAAAGCAGGUAGUGUUACAAUCAGGUCCCAACUAACAUAAGGCGCUAAAUAAGGGGUAAAAUAAAUAUAUAUAAG